AAGGGCGCCACAAAGGAUCCACACAGGCUAAAAAUUGACAUUUUUAGAGGCUCCGCCAGGCUUGCAAUUAUGGCGUAAAUUUCACAAACUAAGAUGUUAAAACUGCACUUGUCGAUACCAGUUGUAAAAGAAAGGAAAAACCGCUGUUAAAACAGGGUUAGCUCGCCCGUGUAGUUGGAGAUUUGAAGGAAAACCGACGAGGAGGCUGCAUCAUCCUCGUACGAAAUUUUCUCUUGCUGCAUUUCGACCAGAGAAAAAUAUGUUUUCGUUUGCUCAGCAGAAUGCAGUUGAACCUAUGCAGGUCGAUGCACCUGCCGAGGACAAUGAUAACUCUGAGGAGGAGCCGUAUAUUGUUGAAAAUCCGACAUUGGAUUUGGAGUCGUACGCAAACCAAUACACAGGACGGGCAAAACUUUUCAGGUUGAUUUACAUAGCAGAUCAUUGUCCUAGUCUGCGAAUUGAAGCCUUAAAGAUGGCUAUAACCUAUGUCAUGACUACUUUUAACGUAUCACUCUAUUUAAUAUUGCUCAAAAAAGCAGCCCAAGCACUGAGUACUCCUGGCUUGCCGGAUGUAGCAGCUCAGUCUACUACUCAAGAAAUAUUUACCAUUGAUCAAAUGUGGGUAGAUACUCGCUCGAAGAAAGCAGCAAUGAAACUUGAGAAGUUUGACACUGAUCUUAAGAACUACAAGAGUAACUCUAUCAAGGAGAGCAUAAGAAGAGGCCACGAUGAUUUGGGCGAUCAUUACUUGGAUUGUGGUGAUCUAGGCAAUGCACUCAAGUGCUAUUCUCGAGCCCGUGACUAUUGUACUAGUGGCAAACAUGUUAUAAACAUGUGCUGGAAUGUUCUGAAAGUUUCUAUAUACCUGCAAAACUGGACACACGUUAUAAGUUACGUUACUAAGGCUCAAAACACACCAGAUUUCCCUGAUGUUCACGGGAAAGAUAAUAGUCAAGGUAUAGUAACAAAAUUGAAGGUUGCUGCAGGCUUGGCUGAACUUGCCACAAAAAAAUACAAGUCGGCAGCUAAGUUGUUCUUACAAGCAUCGCUGGAUCACUGUGACUUCCCAGAAAUUCUGUCACCUGGAAAUGUUGCUCUUUAUGGUGGAUUAUGCGCUUUGGCUACCUUUGACAGGCAUGAGUUGCAAAAGCAAGUUAUUUUCAGCAGCUCUUUUAAGCUGUUUUUAGAAUUGGAACCCCAAUUAAGAGAUAUCAUAUUUAAAUUUUAUGAAUCAAAGUAUGCCUCUUGUUUGAAAUUAUUGGAUGAGAUUAAGGACAAUGUUUUGCUAGAUAUGUACAUUGCACCUCACGUAAACACGUUGUAUCUUCAAAUCCGAAAUCGAGCGUUAAUACAGUACUUCAGUCCUUAUCUCAGUGCCGAUAUGAGACGCAUGGCGACGGCAUUCAACAGGACUGUUGCAGCUUUAGAAGACGAACUCAUGCAACUGAUACUUGAUGGGCAAAUUCAAGCUCGAAUCGAUUCCCACAAUAAGAUUUUAUACGCCAAAGAUGUAGAUCAGCGUAGCACGACUUUUGAAAAGUCUAUUAGUCUAGGCAAGGAAUAUAGACGGCGUACCAGAUUAUUAAUUCUAAGGGCUGCGAUUUUGAAAAAUCAAAUUCAAGUAAAGAGUCCACAGCGAGAGACCACGCAAAGUGGAGAAAUGCCGAUAGCGCCCGGAAACACAAGUCAAGCACCUAGAAACUAAAGUGCCGGUGUUCUUAUUAUUCAUUCUUAUUUUUUUUUCUAUCGUUGUGAAAUACCUACCGACGUAACAUCAUGCGCCAUUAUCAGUUUGAAGCAAAAGAAAACUGGCUACGAAGGUACACGAUCUUGAACGCGUUCAAUAUCUCUCUUGUAAAUAAAAAAAAGCAAUUUCUCAAUUGUACUUGAACUUGGAAGUCCUCUGCGAGCGUGACUUGUGAUUACAGGAGAAUUAGAUGUAUAAUCGCCGACUGAUGUUUUUAUACGAUUUGUCAAAAUUUUUUUGCAUUUCUAACGAGUUAUAUUAAUCGAAAUCAGUAGAAACAUAGUAUCUCUUCAAUUUUCUUUUUUUUUUUUUGUAUUACAUUAUAAUGCAAUCAUUCUUUGUUUGAACUCGCAUGAGGCUCAAUAAUAAAAACCAAAUAAAACCUCAAAA